AUGGUCCCGGCGGCCGCCACGGGAGAGGGGGCGUCGGGCAGCCGGGCGAUGCGGGGCGCUGCGCGGUGGGGUCGGCGGCGAGAUCGCGGGAGGUCCGGGCCCGCGCUCCCGGGAGAGAAGGGCAGGCGGGGGCGGCGGGAGGAGGCUGCCGGUCGGCCAGGGGAAGGGAGGCCGAAGGUCGGAGGCUUUCCCGCGGGUGGGCGGGGCGGCAGGGGAUCCCCGGGGGCGGGAGGCGGGGAGGCCACUGGCGGCAGCAGGGGGGAGGGGGCGUCUCCAGAGGAGUCCGAGGCCAGGGCUCGGCUGGGCCGGGGGAGGGGCCGGGGACGCCCGGGGCGCGAGGACCCAGCGGGCGGGCCCGGCCGCCAGCCCUCCCCCGGGGCAGGCCGGCCUCACACUUGCGUGGAGCCGAGUCCCGGGUCUCCCCGGUGGGGCGGGCCCGGCCGCACCUCCCCCGGGCCAACCUCCUGCAGCUCCGCCCCGCCCGGCCGCGAGGGGGCGGGGGCGGAAGCAGGGACGCCGGCCCGGAGGAGGGGCGAGAGCGAGGAAAGCCAAGGUUAUUCCAGAGGCCGCUCCAAAGCCCGCGGGUGGUUCCCAGAGCUGCAGCUGCGAGCGCAGUUAACCCCUGCCUCCCCGUCUGACAGCUCAAGGCACCGUGGGGAGGGGACUUGGGGACCCCAGCGGUGUUCCUGGCUGGGCCGCCGACCCGGCGGAAGGAAAGGGCCACCGGCCGGAUGCCCUCCGCCGCCGCCUCCUCAAGGCGACCCUGCGGUCAAGCCUGACCCGCACACUCUGCCAACUCUGCCCCACGCCCCGGCUGUCCCCAUGCCAGACACUAGACAAAAGAGCCUGCAAGAAACUUACCCCAACUGCCACCGCACCGCCUACAUUGGUUUGCGCCGCGGGCUGUGCGCGGGGCCGGAUCCGCUGCUGGCGGCCCUUUUGCGUGCUGGCUCCAAGAUCCAGAGGCAGGUGGUCUCGGGUCUCCGUUUUGAAACAAUGUGCAGUUUCUCUUCGAAAUUAGUCCUGCAGCUUUGCAAAGACAAGAAUGAGACUCUGAAGAAAAGAAAUUCUUGGCGGCCCAGGGACCGAGUGACCAGGUGGAGAAGAUCUGAGCAUCGCUUCACGCACCUGGAAGCGAGGAGCAGGAGGCUAAUAGGGCCAGGAGUAACGGAGUCCAAAAAGGAACAUGCAGGGAAAAAUGUCAGUGUGGAAAAUGCCCACCAGGAAAACGAAGGCCGGCAGCCUGGAGGAAAUGGCAGGCGAGGACGAACUUGGCGACUUGCUCCUAAGGGAAAUGAUGCAGAAAGAUACACGGAGGAGAGGAAAGAAGUCAGAAGAAAGAUAAAAGAGCAGCAGAUGAAGCAUUAUAUGUGCUCCCAAAUUCCUGAACUGGACAACCAUGAGGAGUUUUGCCUUAUACCUUGA